AUAGCGUAAAUUUAGAAUAACCAAAACGCGUAAUAUAAAAUUUUAUGUGAAUCAAAAUUGAUUUAAUGCGUUAUCAAUCUAACCUUUAUCCCAUAUUUAGACCCAAAAGAAUCAACCAUAAUGACGACAAACUAUCAAGGUGAAGACUCAGAUAGUGGAUCAGGAGAAAGUUCAGAUGGCUAUGAAAGUCAACGUCCAAGAAAAGCUCCUAAAUUAGAUAAACAACAAUAUAUUCAAGAUUAUGAAAAAUUUAUGCUGGAACUUGCCAAUAGUCGAGCUAAGGCUAAAAAGGGUGAAGCAUCUGAAUUAACCAUUCUGCAUCUUAAGGAAUUGGAGAAUCUUUUCCAGAAUAUUCAACUGAAGAAUGUAAGAGAUACAAAGAUUCAAUUAAAGGAUUCCGAAGCAUUCAAAGAGACAGCUGAUUUUGCUGCUUUUAAUGCCAGGAAUUUAAAAUUUGAAGAAGUUGGUGUAUCCGUAGCAGAAAAUGAAUUUUCAUCACUUAUAAGGAAGUUUGCUGCUAAGAAGACUACUGGGUUUAAAAGUGAGUUUAGUGAAGAAUAUGUAAGGAAUGAUUCUGAAUCAGAAGAAGAAGUUGAGGAUGAAGAUGAUGAUUAUGAUAUGAUUACUGGGGAAGAGAAGUUUAAUUCAUUUAAUUGGUUGAAGUUAGGAGCUUUAUAUUAUCAAAUAAGUAGAAGAUCGAUAAAGAAUGAUUUCUUAAAUGGACCAUUGGCUACUGAAAGACGACGAGCAGCACCAAGAACUAGAAAUGUUGAUGAUACAAAAUCAGGUAUAUCCACCACAGCAAAGACUGUUCUUGCAAGUGAUAUUGCAAAUAAUGAAGAAAAGAAUACUGCUUAUAUGAUACGAACGAUUUAUGAAACUAUUAUGUCAAAAGAUGUUGAUGACGGAUUGAACUUCUUUAAACUAUUUAUAAAUCCCCAUUCAUUUUCCCAAUCAGUGGAGAAUUUAUUUUUCACUAGUUUUCUAAUAAAAGAUGCUAGAUUGAAAUUAUAUACUGAUGAACAUGGGAUUCCCAUGGUGAAAAGAGUAUUACCUGGUGAAAGAGAAUAUAAUGCAGCCGGUCCUAAAGAGCAAAAUUCAAGACAUAAUAUAGCUACUUUAAAUUACAACACAUGGCAAAAUUUGAUAGAGAGAUUUAAUAUAACUGAAGCAUUCUUGGGGAAUAGGGAUGAAGAAGAAGAUUUCCUUCCUGAAGACCAUAUAGAUUAAUAAAUUACAUAGAAAAAUAUAUGACAAAUUUU